ACAAGAAUUAAAGAGAACGAGUUCUGUGUAAUUUUUUGAUUUAUUUUCUAGGAAGCAAAUUAUAAGGACUUGGUGGAACAGCAUGAUUUAACGAAGAAGUCUCAAGAAGUUCUUUGCAUGGAGAAAGAUGCACUGUUAAAAGAGAAGGAGAAGAUGAAAGAAAAAAUGACAAAGAUGAAUUCAACAGUUGAAGAAACCAACAUGAAAGUUCAAGCACUAGAAACAGAGAACAAACGGUUGAUGGAUGAAUAUGAAACCGUUGUGAGAGAUCUAAGAAAGAAAUCAGACGAAGCGUUCAGUGAAAUGAAGAAGGAAAGAACGAACUCUGCGGCAAAGACUGCAGCUAACAUAACCGAACUCGAAAGCAAAUUAAAUCAAUACCGACAAACUAUUCAAGACAUGGAAUUAACAAAAAAACGGGAAUUGAAGGAACAAGAAGUUGCACACCAACAAGCAAAAAUACAACUCGAAAUAGAAGAAGAGAAGAAGAUGAGCGCGCUUCGAAAAGAAUUCGAAAAGAAAGAGUCAGAAUACGACAGGAAAAUUCGAGAAUAUGAACUGUUAUUAAAGGAGAAAGAAGCAGAGAGUCGCAAACUCGAGUACAGGUUAACAGAACAUGCAAAGGAAACUGAAACAGUGAUUGAAAAGUUCAAAAAAGAAGCCGAUAUCAACGCGAACAGGGCGUAUCAGGACUUAAACGCCCAAUUGCAACAAUUGCAGCAGUCUUUGUUGUCCGCCAAGGAGAAAAUCGAGCAACAAAAAGUCGAAUUUGCGAGACAACUUGAAGAACAGAAAAAGAAAUAUGAGGAUCAGUUAGAACAUUACAAAGGCGUAAGUGAGAGAGAAAAGAUGGAGUUAAUUAAAAAACAUACGCAGGAGAAGGAUAUUCUGCAUGAGAGUUAUAAAAAUGCAAAAGAUGAUUAUUUAAAGAAAGAAAAAGAAAAACAAAAUGAAAGUGGUGAAAAAUAUCGACAAAAGAUUGCACAUCAUGUGAAACAAAUAUCUGAAUUGGAAGCAAAGGUUCGUGACCUGCGUGAAGAGGUCAUCCAGGCUAAUGCUCUUCGCAAGGACCAACUUCAAGAAGUCAGUUCAUUAAGAGAUGAGGAAAAGCAAGCUGCGAAAAAAUCCGAAGAAAGUCUAAAAUCAAAAUAUAAAUCCCAGCUGGAGCACGAACGCUUACAGCUUCAGAAAGAACACAGCACGCAGAUGGAGGCUUUCACUGAAAAGAUGGAUGGCAAGUUAAAAGAUAUUGCAGCAGAAUAUUCAAAAAAAGAAAAAAAUGAUAAAUUGAUGAUAAACUCAUUACAGCUGCAGCUGGCCACUGUCAACGCGGACAUGUUAAAGAAAACAAAUUCAUUUGAAACAAAUAUGAACGAAGUGAAGAAGAAGAAUGAAGUGGAGAAAAAAGCUACAAAGGAGAACUUAAACAAAAUUCGUAAGGACUUAAAUAAUGAAUUGGAAACACAAAAGAUUAAAUAUAAGCAAUUGGAACGAAAAUAUAGAAAUAUGGAAGUCCAGUACAAAGAAAAGAUAUCUGGAUGUAUGUUAGAAUGUGAAGAGAAAAUUAAUGGAAUGCUCCCUGUAACUGUUAAAAAGGAGCUGGAAGAUACUAUUGAAUCAAUGAGGCAACAGAUUGUUAUUCUACAAUCGCGUGCAGACGUACUACAAGAAGAAUUAGAAGAGUAUACGAAAAUUUCAAAACAAGAUUUUUCGAGAAGUUGACUUACAAAUUCGUUUUAGAGUUUUUUAUUAAAUUCCAUUUUUAUAUUGUAAAUAAUGUAAAUUAUUAUUUAUACAUUCCAAGUCAUACUAAAA